ACAGACUACAGCUGCAACGCCCGCUUCAAGGCCGCUCAGACCGUCCAGCAGAAGAGCCCGUACACCCUCAAAGUGCUGACCACUCGGAUGGUGGCCGAAACAGUGCCCUCGUUCCUGACCCCGUCCGGGACGUCCAGCAUCAAGGUGGUUCUGCGAGGAGAAGAGCUGAUCCUAGAGUGUAUCCCAGCCGGAUUCCCCACCCCCGUAGUCAGGUGGUAUAAAAAGGGCGGUGACGUCCCGUUGCGGAAGGUGAAGCUGGAGAACUUCAACAAGACGCUGCGCAUCCCCCGAGCCACCGACGAGGACACGGCCGACUACACCUGCACCGCCACUAACAGGAAAGACAUCAUCCGCCACGUCUUCAACGUCCAGGUCAAAGUGCUUCCCUAUUGGGUAGAAAAGCCCUCAAACCUGAUCGUGGCGCCCGAUGAGAACGGCCGGAUAGUGUGCCGGGCCCAGGGCACCCCUAAACCCACCGUCCAAUGGCUGGUGAACGGGGAGCCCCUCGAGAUCGCCCGGCCGAACCCCAGCAGGCAGGUUUCGGGGGACACCCUGGUCUUCCGCUCGGUGCAGGUGGGCAGCAGCGCCGUGUACCAGUGCAACGCCUCCAACGACUACGGCUACAUCCUCGCCAACGCCUUCGUUCACAUCCUGGACGCGCCCCCCCGCAUGCUGGGCCCCUGGAACCAGGUGGUGAAGGUGAUCGAGAACAACCGCACCUUCCUCAACUGCCCCUACUUCGGCGCCCCCGUGCCCGAGCUGCGCUGGUUUAAAGAUGGUCUGAGCGCCAUUUUAACUGGGGGUCAGUACAAAACCCUUCCAAACGGCACCCUUGAGAUCCGGCGGGUCCGGUCACAUGACCAGGGCUCCUACACCUGCGUGGCCGUGAGCAGGAUGGGGAGGGCAGAGAACCACGUCCGGCUGGAGGUCAAAGAGCCGACCCGGUUCUUGCGGUCGCCGCUGCGCCUAACGGCCAGCAGGGGGAGCCUGGCGCGCCUGGACUGCAAGGCCAAGCAUGACAUCACCCUGCCCAUCACCGUGACCUGGCUGAAGGAUAACAAGCCCAUCAACCUGGGCUGGAGGCUCAGAAAGGAGGAGGAUCACCUGGCCAUCCCAGGGAUCCACAGGGAGGAUGAGGGUAAAUACACCUGCAUCAUCAAAACUGAGCUGGACGAGAUCUCCGCCUCUGCUCGCGUCACUGUCAUAGACCGGCCGGACCCCCCCACAGACCUGGAGCUGUCCGACCCCUCGGAGCGCAGCGUCCGGCUCACCUGGGUGCCCGGAGACGAUAACCACAGCCCCAUCCUGGAAUUCCUGGUGCAGUUCGAGGAGGAUCGAUGGUUAGCAGGCGGGUGGCAGAACCUGUCCAGUUACCCCGGCAACCUCAACUCCGUCAUCCUGCAGCUGUCACCCUUCACCAUCUACCAGUUCCGGGUCUUCGCCAUCAACGCCAUCGGCUGGAGCCGCCCCAGCCAGCCCUCACAGCGCUACAAGACCAGCGGGGCCCCUCCGGACGCCAUUCCUCAGAACAUCAGAGGGGUGGGCUACAGGAGGACCAACAUGGAGAUCAGCUGGCAGGCCCUGAAGGACACGGAGAGGAAUGGGCCGUACCUGCGCUACGUGGUGUGGUGGCGUCGCCGGGACUCGCGGGAGGAGUGGAAGAACGCCACCACCUACUGGCGGAGGUACUACAUCUACGACACGGACACCUUCACCCCCUACGAGAUCAAGGUGCAGGCCAUGAACGACUUUGGGCUGGGCCCCGAGUCGCCCAUCAUCAUAGGAUACUCCGGGGAGGACCGGCCCCUCGCCGCUCCCACCAACGUGCGUGUGACGAGGACGGAGAGCACCACGGCGACGGUGCACUGGACCCCCGUGCCCCAGAACAGCAUCAUGGGAGCGCUAAAGGAGUACAAGGUGUACUACUGGCGCGACAGCAGCAUGCUGCCGUGGCUGAGCGUCCGCAGGGACAGGAGGAGCCGGGGCUUCUACACCACCAGCCCGCGGCCCUGGGGCGUCCUGACCGAGCUCAUGCCCUACAGCAACUACAGGAUGCACAUGGUGGUGGCCAACAACCGCUACGAGGGCCCGCCCAGCACCACCAUAGAGUUCCAGACCAAGGAGGGAGUACCAGGCCCUCCCGAAUACCUGACGGUCCAACAGAGACACCUGGACACCAUAUACGUGGAAUGGGAGCCCCCACCUGAACCCAACGGAAUCCUGACGGGGUACACCCUAACGUACCAGACAGUGAACGGCAGCAGAGAGGCGGGCCGUCUGCAGGUGCAGUCACUCCCCGUGAACGUGACCAGCUUCUCCAUGCGCCGCCCCGACCGCUACACCCGCUACAAGUUCACUCUGGUGGCGCUGACGCAGCUGGGGGCCGGGGAGGAGCGCAGCGAGGAGUCGCCACACUACACCACCGAAGCUUUCUCCAGGGAGCAGGUGGACAUCUCCACGCAGGGCUGGUUCAUUGGGGUCAUGUGUGCCGGUGCCCUGCUGGUGCUCAUCCUCCUCAUCGUGUGCUUCAUCAAGAGGAGCCGCGGGGAAGUACCCGUGCGAGAAAAGAAAGACAUGCCGAUGGACUCAGGUGAUGAGAAAGACCAAGAUGGCUCCUUUGACUACCGGUCUCUAGAAAGGAUAAAUCGUGUCUCCACACUUCCAUAUCCAAAACGGGACGAGGACAGCCGGCAGAUGCGGGAGAGCCAGAGCCAGGCCUCGCUGGACGGGCGGGUGAAGAUGCAUGACAGCGAGGACGACAGCCUGGUGGAGUACGGCGACGGCGGCGACGGAGACGGGCAGUUCGACGAGGACGGCUCCUUCAUCGGCCAGUACACGGGCAAGAAGGACCGCGAGGAGCCCGACUGCAUCCCCAGGUCCGAGCCCACGUCCCCCAUCAACGCCAUCUACUCCCUGGCGUAGCCAUGACAACGGGAGCGGGGGGUAGGGGCAGGAGGAUAGGAGUCUUAUGACUUGACUGAACAACAAGCACAAACACACAGACACACAUGAAGACAGACACACACACAGACACAUACACCACAGAAACACACACACACCAGGAAGCAGAGACACGUUUUUUCCUAAGCCCCUCCCCUCAAGAGGAAGCAACGAAUCACACGAGCACCGAGACGGCCUUUUAGCCCCGCCUCCCUACUGGCACAGCAGACAAGCCUACUGGAGCCAGGACUUGAACAGGACCAGGACAUGACUCCCGCCUCAGAUCGUGUGUACUACAGAGUGUGUUCUACAGAUGUUGUACUACAAGGGGGAUUGUUACUUAUGGAAAGUGUGGAGGAGAGGGACUUGAUUAUAGAUGGGACAGGGGAGGGGAAUUGUUAUGUAUUGGGGGGGAGGGGGCGGUGGCAGGAGGGGGAAUAUUGUUAAUUAUAGGGGGUGGAGGUGCUUCUUCAGGACUUUACUUUUUGGAAUUUUUCAGUGUCUUGUUUCGCUGUGUGUGUUCACACGUAUGUUCCACAUUUGCUGUGUCAGUUGCACAAAGAUAACUCCCUGUCAGGUUUGUGUUUUGGGAAAGGCCUUGUUAUUCUCCGCACCAUUAAAAGGAGGGGGUGGAGGGGAGGGGGGGACAGAGCCCUGCUGAUAGGAGGCCUCACAUCACCAGGAUACUGGCAGAAGAGAAUCACGUUAUAUGAAUAUAUCUAGUGAAAAGGCUUCAUUCCUGCAUUCAGACCAAGUAACUCUGCAUUCGGUUUUGAGUGGGAUUGUGAAAUAUAUAAUUUUGUCUCCGCAACAUUGAGGUAAAGGGUGGCAAGCAUUCCCUCUAAUCUUGCCAUGUACUUAUGCACAGCCAAGUUCGAUCCAAGUGCAUCUUUUUGUCCCAACCAGAGAGAGAGACAGACACAGAGAGAGAGCAAGUGUAUUGUGACCCAUAAGUCAAUCCUGGUCCUGUGUGGUUCUGAUAGCCCAUUGGCCAGUUGGGAUCUGCUAUCCUGUGGAUUUGCUCUGCACACUGAAGUUACCUAACCAGGUAACCAACCUACACAGCUGUGUCUUCAGUGAACCACAGUCAGAAAGUCCUGAGGACACAUAGCUGUACAGCUUUUCUGUCCUACGGUGGGCAGUGUGUUUAUGUUUCAAGUGUAAAGUGCUUCACAUCAGAUUUUUCUUUAUGCUUUAAAAUUUUUUUAUUUAUUUCCACAGAGUUAAUCACGAUUUAUUUAACACACUUUAUGUUCAUGCGUGUUCAAAUGUUGCCGGCAACACAUUUAAGUGUGUUUGUGUGUGUGUGGGGGGGUUGGGGGGGGGAUGAACAGGAACAAACAGAAAAUGAAUUGUCUGUAAUUCAAUUUCUCUUGCAAAUAGGCUAAGCUUUGUUCUAAAAUAGUAAGUGUUCACUAGUACAUUAGAAUGUUACUGGGCACAAGCCAUGUGUGUGAAACACAGAAACAUCAGUGCCUGAAUUUCUGCAGUAUUACAGAUUCUCCAAAUUUAUUUGGUAUAAGCCAUCUUUGUGUGGGACGAAAUAAAAAUAUAAGUGAAUAACGUUUUUUAUGGGUUUUUUUUUUUUCUUCAUUUAUUUUAUAACCGUUGAUUAAAUUAAUUGUUUUUAACCAGUACUGGUAUUGUGCAUCUUCUUAUGGCCUAACCUUGUCUCGUUUUACGUACCGUACAAUUUUACACACCUUUCCUGGUCCUUGGGGCUCCAUCGCUGUAAAUAAUAAACAUUUUACAGCUGCAA